UUUUGUCACAUCACUCCCCCAUCCACCCUCAUGCCCUGGUCUCUGUAAUAACGCCACCAAUUAAGAUAACUGAAAUCCAUACUAAUAGGGUUUCAUUAUGGUAAUGUGGUACAUGUCCCAGAGUAUAUAAAAGACAGACAUUCACUGCCCGACUCAUACAUGCAAAAGCACAUCACCUCAUAAUACAUUUACUUAUGUACUAGCAAGAUCUAUCUCCUUGAUAUAAAUUAGACACAUUAUUUAAAAGUUAAUAAAAGGUGAGAUUCACUCUCACUUGUCUUGCAUCAAGGAUUUUACCUGUGACAUUUUUAUUGACUGGAAGUAGAGCUCUCUUUUAAAAGAUGCAGAUGAGCUAUAUGCUGUUUUGUGUCUCUUUGUGUGUCCUGUCCCCUCAACUGUCAAGGACCCACGGGAUGACCAUUAAAGGUCUAGAGAAAAGAGGAUGGACACUGAAUAGUGCUGGAUAUCUACUUGGACCUUAUGCACACAGAACUCUUACUGUACGACAUGGAGCCGGUGUGGGCAAGCGGGACAGCACGGAGGACUCCAUCCUUCCAGCACAUCAACCUUCAUAUAGAUCUGUUACAGAUGAAUCAUAUCUCCAUGCACUCAUGGAAUUAUUCAUGUAUCUACGUAUGAAAGAUGAUGAAAGCACUGACGACUUGAUUAGCUCUACAUUUACUGGUGAUGUGACACGAUAGAAGAGAUGGCCUUCAUUAACCUUUUGGACUGGGUCAACACUUCUCUCCUUGUGUACAUUAUACUUCCCACUUUAAAUUAUAAAGUCUUUUGUAAAACUCUCACAUUUGCCAAAUAAUUCACAGCAAGUAUUUAAAUUACAUUAAACAUUAAAUGCAAAUGAAGCUCUUGAGUUAUUUUACUCUUUCUUUAUCAAUGGUACUCUAAUAAUAACCACAGUAGCUGGUGCCUGUUAUGUGUUAGUAAUCAACUCUCAUUACUCAUAUCCACUUGUUUUCUUAUAUCUAUCUUUGAAUGAAUGCAGUAAAUGAAAAGUUGUUCUCAUCUCUACCCUGAUACCACAUCAGACUAUCUGCAUAUAAAAUAUAUCAACAAAAGAAAGAAAAAAAAAAGCCAGAAUACUGAUAUAUGAUAUAAACAUUUAACACAUUGUUGACUGAUGUAAAGCUACGGUUUGGCAGCAUGAAACCAUGGAACCUGUCUUAAUUAGAUAAAAUUAUGUAACUACAUAGUGUACACAUUGAACAUAUGUAUAAAUGAAGUUUUAAAACCGUGGAACCUGUCUUAAUGAAAUAAAACCUCCCUGAAAUACAUAAAAUUAUCCUCAAAUCUAAGUAUUUGAUCUGAAAUGACACAUGUUUUGGAUACUGAGGAGAUGUCUUUUGAUGAAGAGUAUCUGCAUGAAAAACACUUCUUAUUUUUAAAAAGAGGAACAGAGAAUUCAUGCAUGACUAAUAAAGCAUAAAAAGCAUGGUUUAGACCAGGAUGAUUUAAGCAAUGCUAAAUGCUUUUUUAGGUUCAUGCCAUCACUGAAACUAGAUAGUUUAGCAGCAUUGUUCUAGUUAAAAUAAAUAUUAAAAUAGUCAUGUAAAUUUACCUGAUGUAAGUACUCAACCAUGUAAAACAAUGUCUACAUACUCGAUAAAUUAAUCUAAUUAAUCUCUUAUAUUGUAUGCUUAGUUGCCACUCUUUGGUACAACUAUCAAUUAAGUGUACUAUAUAUGCUGCCGUACCUUUUUACUUCUAUUUACUUUAAUUUAAUAAUAACCACCUGUACUGGAAUUUGUGUAACUCAUGUCUAACUCUUUUUAUUUAUUUAUAUUUUUUAGAUUUGACCAAAGAACCCAUCUAUGUUUUUAUAUGACAUUUAUAGAUUCAUUUUCUGCAACAAAAACAAACAAACAAACAAACAAACAAACAAUACAAAUACAAAUACAGCAGCAUUAAGUAAGUGGGCUCUUGAUUAUGUUUCCUCUCCAUAUUUAUGAUUUGGUGACUGUUUUGAUUUCAAGUUCUUUUAGCUAUUCUUCCUGUAUUACAAUUGUAUAUAAUUGUGUAAUGGAUUGGUGUGCUUGUACUGUAUUGUCAUUGCUGCUUAAAAGUGAUUAAAAGUA